UGGCACUCCAUCCAGGGUGUAUCCUGCCUCGAUGCCCGAUGACGCCUGAGAAGUUCGGAUAAGCGGUAGAAAAUUAGAUGAGAUGAGAUACAGAAUAUACAUAAAAUACAUUUAGAGAGACAAGUCCUAGAACAAAUGAUAAUAAACACAAGACAAGUCUAUCAAGGAAACAUAACAUCGUAGAUGAAAACUUUGGAAUAAAGAAUUACAAAAGCUCUAGAUUGUUGGAUAGACUUGAAAUGUCCAUCCAGCAAUGUUUGGAGUAUAAUUGCAAAGCCGUUGCUGAUCUCUGGUGCUCUCUAGUGCACAGGCAUGUCACUGCAUGGAACAUUUUCAUCAUGUAAAACUUUAUAAAAGCCCUUCAUCAAGCCAUGUCACAUGACACAAGUGCAAUUUUCAUAUCCAGCACGUCUCAGUCCGAUCUCAUCAAGCAUUCCGAAGCUAAGAAUGGAUGAUUUAUGAAUAAGGCUGUGAAGUUCUGAGAAAAAGAGGGUUUUUUGGUCUGUACUUCUGCAGCGUGGGAGGGACAAACAGACCACACUUGUAUAUAAUGUGCAAAAAAAUGUUUAAAAAAAUUCAUUUUGCUUCAGGAGAUUAAACAGAACUGAUUCUCAGAGCAUCAGAAUUUCUGCAAAGAAGCCUGAGACGAGAAUUCAAUACAGAUCAUGUCCCUGCACAAGGUCGGUUCGUUCCUGCGUGGUCUGUCCCGCAGGAAGCCUCUAGACCCAGAAGGCGAGGUGUCCACAUUCCGCCGGUGUCUCGGCACUAUAGACCUGGUGGCUCUCGGCGUGGGCAGCACUCUGGGUGCUGGUGUCUACGUGCUCUCGGGUGAGGUGGCCAGAUCUCUGUCUGGCCCCAGCAUCAUCAUCUCCUUCCUCAUUGCCGCUGUGGCCUCCAUCUUCGCCGGACUCUGUUAUGCUGAAUUUGGCGCCCGAGUACCAAAGACAGGAUCGGCAUAUCUCUACAGCUACGUGACUGUGGGCGAGGUGUGGGCUUUCAUCACCGGCUGGAACCUGCUGCUCUCUUACAUCAUAGGUGCCUCCAGCGUGGCCCGAGCCUGGAGUGGCACUUUUGACGAUAUGCUUGGAAAUGUGAUGGCGAAUUACUUCAGCAAACACGCAGCCAUGGGCCUGCCAGGCUUGGCUCCUUACCCAGACUUCUUUGCAGCGGGCCUCAUUUUGCUUCUUGCUGGUCUUCUUGCAUUCGGCGUGAAAGAAUCGACGAUGGUCAACAAGGUCUUCACGAGCAUUAACAUUCUGGUGUUGGUGUUCGUCAUCAUCACUGGCUGUAUCAAGGGGAAACUGGAGAACUGGUACAUCAGUGAGGAAACAUUAGUGAAUGUCACAGCAGAACUCGAAAACCUGACGUCCACAGUCAACGUCACCUCCGAAUUCGGCCACGGCGGCUUUUUCCCAUACGGCUUUGAGGGCACGCUGGCAGGAGCUGCCACUUGCUUCUAUGCAUUCGUAGGGUUUGACUGCAUUGCGACUACGGGUGAGGAAGUGAAGAACCCCCAGAAGUCCAUCCCACUGGGCAUUGUAUUUGCACUGCUCAUCUGUUUCCUGGCUUAUUUCGGCGUUUCAGCUGCUCUCACACUAAUGAUGCCGUACUACCUGCUGAACAUCCACAGCCCCCUGCCUGUCGCCUUUGCCUACGUAGGCUGGUCUGCCGCCAAGUACGUAGUCGCCGUGGGAUCCCUGUGUGCACUCUCUACUAGCCUCCUGGGAUCCAUGUUCCCGAUGCCUCGAGUGAUCUUUGCCAUGGCUAGAGACGGCCUCCUGUUCAAAGUGUUGUGUAAAGUCAGCUCGAGGAAAAGUCCCGCCACGGCCACGCUCACCUCCGGCACUGUCGCAGCUAUAAUGGCGCUGUUAUUCGACCUGAAGGCUCUGGUUGAUAUGAUGUCGAUUGGGACUCUGUUCGCCUACACACUUGUGGCCAUUUGCAUUCUCAUACUGAGGUACCGUGAGACCGAAUCUGCAGAGAAUGAAGUAAGCGUUACUUCGGUGUCAAAGUUCAGAUUUUUAAAUCCUCCAUCAUACCCGACCAAGGAAACGUCAAACACCGUCAUCAUCUGCACCGUGUUUAUCGUCUUCAUGGUGGUGGUCCUGACCGUUCUGCUGUCCAAAGCCAUCACAUCACUGCUUCAGCUGGAGGUCUGGAUUCUGGUGUGUGUGUCUGUGAUCCUUUUCUUAAUGUUGCUCAGCACACUGGUGAUCUGGAGGCAGCCUCAGAAUCCCACUAAAGCUGCCUUCAUGGUGCCUUUUCUGCCUUUACUUCCUGUGGUGAGUACAUUCAUCAACGUUUACCUGAUGGUUCAACUCGGAGGAGCCACCUGGAUCCGUUACGCUGUCUGGAUGGCUGUGGGACUCUUGAUCUACUUUGGGUAUGGUGUGAGGAACAGCGUUCAGAAACAGAGACUGCUGGGAAACAUGAGCAACCUGGAAGCCACAGAUGAAACCGCAGAGAAAGACACAACUAAAGGACAAGAUUUAUAACACCAGCGUCUAAUGAUCAAAUACUGUACUUAGAGAUCACCUAAUUAUAAGGACUUUAACACACGUUUGUUAACAUAAUGACAUAAUGAUGGAACAUUUUAAAAGAUUUUAUAAAGAAAAUGUUUCAUAUUCUGAACAGAGCCAUGAUUCACACUGUGGUCUGAUAACUGGCACUUUAUGGACAUAUGGAUAUAUUUUCCACUUUAUGGAAAAUGUUAUUUAAUGACACAGAAUAUUCACCGAUAAAGAAACUAAAGACAAAACUUUUAUGAAGGUGCGCUGCUGUAAAACUGUGUGUAUCUGAUCCAUAAUCGAUUUCAUUUCGAUUUUAAAUAAAACUCUACAAGAGUUCAGAUCUAUGCAAAGAAAUUACUGAGAUGUUUUAUGAACAUGAUUAAAAAGCCCAACAGGGUUCUUACUAAA